AUGUGUCCGCUCAUCAAUUCUGCUUCCCUUCAGGAAUAUCCCUUCGAUAUUUAUGUGGGAACCAGCACUGGAUUCUUGAAAGGAUGCAAGCUUGACAAGCAGAAAGCGUACAAUAUUAAUAUCGUUGCUGCCUCAACAGCCAGAGAGUCAGAGAUCACCUGUGUGGACUGGUGGAACAACAACGUGUCUUGCCUUCUGACUGCACGCAGAGACGGUCGUGUCUUCUCCUUGAAUCCUCAAACAGGCAUGUCAGUAAGAGUUCCUGUACACAUUCCUGAUGGAUCGCCAACGAUAAAACGUGUUCAGGGUGACGAUAAGCUGACACUGACUGGCUGGAGUAACGGGACUGUUAGCGGUGGUACUGUCGAUCUACUGUCGGAACAUGUUUCUGUGGCCGAUGAGGGAUCAGCCCUGGAGCCGGCUGUGCUGAUCCGUGCUGGUAGUGAACUAUCAUGUAUGGAUUAUAGUGCUUCACACUUGCUGGCUACAGGCGGCAAAGAAAAUCCGCUGAAGAUCUGGGAUAUAACAUCAACACAGCAGCCAAUAUUCUGUGCCAAAAAUGUGAAAAAUGAUUUCUUAAAUUUACGUGUGCCGGUGUGGGUCACACAUGCCGAGUUUCUGCCUGGAAGCAAGAAAAUUGUCACCAGCACUGGGUACUCCCAAAUACGAUUAUAUGAUACAUCGACUCCUCAACGGCGACCAGUGAUUGAAGUUCAACUGAAUGAUAAGAACAAAAAAUAUCCAAUUACAGCACUAGCCAAAAUUCCAAACUGUGAUCUUCAGUUUGUGGUAGGGACAACAGUUGGUACUCUAGCACUAGCGGAUCUUCGUAAACAAGCCAUAGUUAAACAUUUCAAAGCUGGUACGGGUGGUGGAAUUACAGAUGUCAAAUGUCACCCAUCAUCUCCAACGUUUGCAAGUGGUAGCAUUGAUGGGUAUGUUCAUUGUUUUGACCUGAACACGUCUAAGAAGGUCCACUCAAUGUAUUUACAUUCCCCGGUCAACUGUUUGCUGUUUUCGCCAGAAGUGUCGCCAUCAGGUCAGAAGAAUCAGGAACUUAGUGAGGAAGUUUGUCGAUCUGAACAAGCAGAGAGUGAGGAUGUUGAGCAGGAGGCUGAUGAUGUUUGGGACCAGUUGCAGGUUGUCCGGAUGAAGAAACAUAAAUUGACGUCAGCGUCCGAUAGACCAAAAAAGAAAAAGAAACUGACACGACUGGCGGUCAAAUAA